AUGAAUCAACACAACUCCCCAGACUCUGGUGGCGUCUCUGCAACCGCGGAGCCCAGCUCAUCGAGUUCUAGUUCGAUGAGAGCUAAUGAUACGAUCAACGACGAGAGGAGCAGCAAUAGCAGGAGAGAGAUAGAAGAGAUCCCCAACCAAUAUGGCGAAGGAAGCAAUAGGAAUGGCAACAGCAGCGGUAAUGGCUACGGAAACGAAGACUCAAGCGCAAGUAUCGUGGAAAACGAGGAUCAAAGCCAGCAAUACGCGAUGAGAAGGCCGCAGACACUGGGCGAUGUGAUGAGGGAACCGGGAUCGCGCGCGCCCAAUGUCAUGGUUUUGGAAGCGAUGCCGGAGGAAACGAGUGGCAGAAAUAGGGAGGCGGCAUUGAGUUUGAAGGAAGAUCUCUGGUUGAGUACUGCUGAUGGACGUUAUAAUUCAACGAUUAUCCCACUUCGGGUAGGAGAGGCGCCUCAGGCGCAAAUAUUUUACGUCCAUAAGCAUAUCCUCCUAAAGGUCGAAUACUUUGAGAAAGCACUCUGCGGCAACUUCAAAGAGUCAGAGACCCAGUCAAUCGAGCUACCCGAAGAAGACCCUGUAAUUUUCCAUUACCUGAUCGCCUUUUUAUACGAAGGGAAAUUCGAACCUACUAAGCCCGCUGCAUCAGUCCUGGUCCCCGAUAAACAAAAGGGAAAAGGCAAAGAUGCCAUGGAAACCAACGGCGGCGGCGCUGGUGGACUAGACUCUGAGAAUAACAACAACUCAGAUGACUCCGAGCUAGACACGGACCUGAGCGCUGCUACUGCUCUACGCCGGCGCCAGCAAAGGGAAAGACAGCGGGAAUGGGAUCGCGUGAACGGAAAACAUCCCGGCCGUCACCGGCCUAACUGCGGCUGUCCCCGCUGUGUCGUCGAACCCGGUCCCCCUUGCUGGUCUUGCUAUGCGCCGCGAUCACCUCUACCACCGCCCGGUAUCGGGACUCCAUACACCCCAACCGACACAAGACCACCGCUCCCUCACCCUCCCGGCCCUGAAUAUCGCCAUAGGCCCUACCUCGAACGACUUCUGCAGGGUGAUGGGCUAGGAGCAGGUGCCGAUAGGAGACGUCCGGGUGGUCGCGCAAGACUCGCAGCACCACCUCCACCUCCACCGCCACCGCCACCACUUCCUCCUACCACCACUCAACCCUUACUCCCCGCGCCAACCGCUCAAGCCUCCUCAUCUUCCUCCUCCAACCAGCCCCUAUUAUCCUCAACCAACUCCACCUCCUCCCCAACAGAAGGCAACACCCGCCUCUCCACCCCCGCUGACCUGCGCACCUGGCUUCUCUGCUACGAACACACCCUCUCCGUUUACAUCCUGGCCAACAAGUUUCUGCUGGAUGACUUCAAGGCCGAAAUUGCGCGGUACGCAAUCGACAUGCUCGAGAGCGCUGGGACCGACGCGGCGGUGCCGCAGGUGCUGUUCUUGUGCAAGCGGCUAUGGGAGGGCCUGCCGGAGAGCGAUCCUCUACUUAAAAUGGUGUUUGCUAGGGUGGGGUUUUUGCAGCCUUGGAGAAGCAGGAGCAGUGGCUAUGUAUAUGGAAGUGGAAAUAGAAACGGGGAUAAUGGGAACGGAGAAAGGAUCAAUGAAAACGGAAAGAGACGCAGGAGUGGGCAUAGCGAUGAGGAGGGUAUGACGAAUGGAAAAGAAAUGGACGAGGAUAUCGGGGACUGGUUGCAUCAGAACCCGGAGAUCGUGACGGCCGUGUUGGUGGAGAUGGCGGCAAGGAGGGAGGAGGAUUUCUACCAGACUCAGUACCAGAGUUCCGGGCUUCAAGGGCCACCUGGGAUGGGUGGUUAUAUGAGCGGUAUGGGUAUGGGAAUGGGCAGGAUGGACGCGGGGGGCAGGUCAUUGCCUAGCAUGGAGAGACCAUGGGCUGCCGCGGGAGCAGGCGGCGCGGGAAGACAGCCUGGUACAGCAGGAGGACUGGGGGAUAUGGGCGGUGGAGGACCGUUGCCGUGGAUGAAUCAUUGGGAACCAAUUAGGCCGAAUACCUUGAGGCCUGGUCAUAUGGCACAUCAUCACCAUUGGCAAGUUGGUGGUAGGUGA